AUGUAUUUACUAUUAGUACUUUUGCAAUUAUUUUCGUUUGUCGCUACUCAGGAAGUUACCGGAGUCUUUACUUCUUUUGACUCGUUAACAUGGCUAGAUAGUGGUAACUACCACAUUAAAUAUCCUGCUGCUCCAGCUUGGAUUGCUGAAUUAGGAUGGAAAAUCGACGGUUCUUUGGUGCUGGCUGGAGAUACGUUUACCUUGACUAUGCCAUGUGUGUUUAAGUUUACUACUACUCAGAGCUCGGUUAAUUUACACGUAGGAGACAUUAAUUAUGCUACUUGCGAUUUUGCUCCCGGUGGUCUCUUUCUGGCUAAUUCGGAGUUGCACUGUAUAUUGCUAGAUGCUGUUCAAGACCUGACCUUGGUUGUUGGGAAAUUAACUUUGCCUAUUGUUUUCAAUACUGGUAGAUCAUCAGCAGAUGUAGAUAUGUUUUGCUCAACAUUCUACAAAAGUGGAUUGAACACUGUUUCGUUCACAGAUGGAGAUAAGACCCUUUCUAUUGUUGUUGAGUUUAAAGGUGGUAGUCAUUCUGGUGACAUAAAUAGAGCUAUUUAUAGUGCCAGGAUCCUUCCAGCUGGUGAUCAAGGGCAACAUUAUUUAUUGGGUAGUUAUUGUCCCGGAGUUCUCAAAAUGGCUACAAUAGGAAUGACAAUCAAUGAUGGUGCAAGCACAUUCGAUUGUUCAACUGCUCAUGUUUACCUUACAAAUUCUGUGAAUGAUUGGUAUUACCCCCAGUCAUUUGAGUCGAUUGAUCCAGUUUUUAUUACAUGUACACCAAAAGAAUUUUUGAUUAGUUAUAAAGAAGUUCCUGAUGGAUACCGAGUGUUCAUAGAAGCAAUCCUCAAUAUAGUAGAUGGUGUGAAUCCAAUUGUCUACUAUAAUGACAUGUACAUGUAUACUACUCCCAUUGAUAAAUCAAUCGAGGUGACGUGGUACCCUUAUACCCAUGUUGAAGCAGACGGUCCUGGCAAGGAGAUUAUUACAGUCACCGAAACAUGGACCGGUCUGUAUACUGAAACUGUAACUAAACCAUAUGAAGAUGAAGAUCUAACAAUUACUAUCGAUGUUAAUGUCCCUAUUCCUACAAUCACAUUGACAGAAACUUAUGUGGGAAUUACUACUAGUUAUACAACAUAUACAGUAGAACCAGGGGAAACUGCUAGUGUAGUUGUGUACGACCCUGUUCAUACUACUAUCACUGAAGAAUCUUGUUGGGAAAGUGACAAACUGAUUACCACCACCAUCAUUGAUCCAGGCUGGGCUAGUGAUACAAUUUUGAUUGUCACACCCUGCGAGGUGACAUCAACAGAACAAAUGGAAGAGCUGUUGACUCUCUCUAGUUCUUCAGAAUAUGAAUCAGAUGACAUUACCGAGAUAGUUACACACACUACCACCACUGUGUCCGAGCAAGAGGAAGAGCUGUUAACUUUCUCUAGUUCUUCAGAAUAUGAACCAGGUGUCGUUACCAAGACAGUUACUCAAACUACCACCAUUGUAUCAGAGCAAGCUACGACCAUUAAAGUGAUUACAUAUACCACUGUCAUUACUGUUAGUAAUUGUGAAUUAGUGGAAAUUGCUUGUGAAACACCAGGUGUUACGGAUGUAUGUGAUUCCAAAUCCACAACUCAGUGUACCAAAGAUUUAGGAGAUGACACACCACAGACGAAAUCAGGUGGUAGGUCAACCACUAAACCUGUUGGGAGCUCACAUGGUACAAGCGUCCCAUUAAUCACUCCCCCUGGUGUUACCUAUGUCGAGGAUGGUGUUGGCUCUACCGGACAAAGCUCAAGUUUAUAUUUGAUUUUAACUUUUUUGAUUGCUAUGUUUUAUUAAUAAAGUGGUUUGCUUGUGUGUUUGCACCACUUUCUAUUCUAUUCAGUCUGUCUAUUUAAGACAUAUAUUGCUCAAAUUAGUGCUAACGUAUAUAGUUUAUGGCCUUAAUCCCAUAUGAUUCGAACUAUUAGAUUGUAAACUUGUGUUCUGGAUGCAAAUAGAGUAUUAUUGAAUAUUUGAAUUAAUAGCAUCUGCCUACAAUAUCUUUAUUAUAUUUGUGCUAGUACAUCAUAAACAGAUGCUUCUUGUCUUUAUCCUUUGAACUACUGCUUGGAGGAGUUGAUUGACUUGUAUGAUUAUUAUGACUGGAAUUUGAAUGAAUAUUGAAUCUUGGAGGUUUGGUCACACGGUGAGUGGUGCUACUCAAACUCUUGACUCUGAAGUUAUUCUUAUAAUCAGUAUUAUUAGCAAACUUAGCUUCUAAUUUUAGUCUUUCCAACCUUAACUUCUCUUGCUCCCUUUGUUUAGCAUACUCUUCAUCACUUAUACCCAUAAGGAUCCGUCGUAUAUCCAUUAAUUGUUCUCGAAUAACAUUGUGAAACUCGGGAGAAUCAAUAAUUUUAUCUUGAAUAUCUCUAUCGACAAUACUAAGCAAUCCAGCUGCACCACUACUGUCAUUUAUGAUUUCACCCUGUAUUAAUGCUGCCAUUUUCCCCUUGUUUUUAGUAAGGAUAGUAGGAUCUUGCUUGACUUUGUUUUCAACAAGAAUCUUAAGUUUGAGGAGUAAGUUGGCGUAUGUUUCUGAUUGUUUGAAAUUUUCAAGAAGUUGCUUCCGUUGAGAGUCGAACUGACCAUUCUUCUUAUAUAUUGUUGUAAGUUGCUUUGAAUCAGGUGGUGUUGGUUCUGUCAUGAUUGCCUGUGAUAAGAAGAAACAAAC